AUGGCGUUGACUGUGAAGCAGCUCAACGCUGAUGCUUCAUUUCUGCUCACCUUCGAGCCCAUCGUACCUGAGUCAAUACCGGGUGUCGCCCCUAGGCCAUUCAGGAUUUUGUUGGACCCAUGGAUCACAGGUCCAUCAACCAUCUUUCAUUCUAAGCUGUCAAUCACGACACAUAAAGAGACCCCCUGCGUCUGUUCACUUCAGCAACUUCCUGAACCCGAUCUUGUCAUCAUAAGCCAGCAUAAGAGUGAUCAUUGCAACGAGGUCACACUCAAACAGCUUCCUGCCAGUGGUACAAGAACAUUGAUAUUGGCGGAACCGUCUGCCGCCAAAGUGAUUCGGAGCUGGAAACAUUUUGAGAAGGACAAGGUGCACACCAUUCCAAGAUGGGAAGAUCACCAGGUUACGGGAAGGCAGAGCGUCAUUCGCGUCAAGGUGCCGCCGUUCAUACCGGGUGGUGAGUUUGGUGAGGUUUCCGUCGCAUUCAUCCCUCAACGACGAGACCUCAAGGGGCUACAUGCCGCCAUUGGCAUCACCUACCGCCCACCUCCAACAUGGCCCAGAUUCACACACCUCCUGACGCCGCCGGAUACACCGGUUUCGCAACACCAUAACAGUCAGCUUAGUCUAUCCCAGAGUCCAACGGCGGCCCGAACCAAGGCAGAACCUACAUAUAUCAGCCUGCCGACUCCCCCCGAGACACCCAGCACCCAGUCCCUUCGAUCCGUUCGCUCUGCCACUUCUAUCCCACCAACAACGGACCCCCGUGACCGAGCCAUCUCCGUUCUUUUUUCACCCCACGGUAUCUCAUACCACUGCCUUCGUCAGUACACCAGCUCGCACCUUGCUACGGAAGCCGCUCUGCCUCUUACUGCACUCCUUCACUGCUUUGACACCGUGUCAAAUCCGUGGUGGCUUGGCGGUAACAUCUCUGCGGGGAUGCCAACUGGGCAGGAGACCGCGAUGGCUCUUGGUGCGAAAGCAUGGAUCAGCACUCAUGACGGCGACAAAGACGUAAGGGGUCUUGCGACAAGGAUGCUAAGAACAAGAAAAUACGCCCAAAAGGAAGUCGCAGAUGUUGUCAGCCCGGUUUCCAAGAGCAGCAGCAGGGUCAACAGGGAGAAGGCCGGCAGCGAAGGUUCUGGAAAAAGCACUGAUGUGCUGGUCCUAGGCGUUGGUGAAGAGGUAGCGAUGACUAGAGAGGGAGUGUGGAACGUCGAGCCGAAAGCCCGUAUAAUUCCUCCUCGGAGCUUUGCUCAUAUUGAGAAGACGCUUUCAGGGCGAGCAAGGGGACGAAAUCUUUCACCCAUCAUUACGAGAAUGUAA